CCCAGUCUUUUGCAACUAACUAAUAGAAAGAUGGCGGAUGAAGUUGUACGUUGGGAUGUUGCAACGGUAAAGACCCGUAAAUAGAUUUCUUGCCAUCGUUUGAUUAAGAUGGCUCUUCUUAAAUUGCAAGGAACUUACGGAUAUUCCAGAAAGCUGUUACUACGUUGGAAUCGUUGUGGUUUUAGAUUCAAAACCAACCCAAAGAAUAUUUCACAACUGGAUAAUGAUACAGAUGGUGCUGAGAGUGAGAUUCACAGUCUAUUUGUAAAUCCUAGCAGGGGAGCUAAUCAGGAAGCUGUUUCUUCAUUGUUGGAGUCACCACUCUCACUGCAGUACAUGAACAGAAAUCAAAAUGGCGAAAGAAUCUACCUCGGCAAGUAUCCCAGUGUAACAUCAAUUCUUGGUCAAACUAAGCCUCCAAAUGAACAUUUUGCUUUGCUAAAUUGGAGGAAAGCUCAGAUUUCUGAGCUAGGAAAGAAAAAGUUUAACAAGCAAGCACAAAUCACCUUUAGGAAGGGACAACUUUUUCAUCAAGCUGUUCAGCUGUACUUUAACAGCAGUAAUGUACCAGUUCUAGAGGAAGGUUCAAGUGAUGCAGGAUAUUGGCAGAGUGUCAAACAUGUGUUAAAGGAUGUUACAAAUGUAGUGGCUGUUGAGAGUGCUGUGGCGCAUCCUUUGUUACAAUAUGCUGGGACUCUUGACCUUAUUGCAGAGUAUAAGGGUACACUGAGUGUGAUAGACUGGAAGACUUCAGCAAAACACAAAACUAACCUCAAAGACUGCUAUUCCUACCCUCAACAAAUUGUGGCUUACGCUGGUGCUGUAAAUUUUGAUGAGAACUAUCCAUUUCAGGUUUGUAAUGGAGUGAUAGUUAUUGCAUAUGAAAAUGGUGACCCGGCAGAUGUUCACUGUCUGUCACAGGAAAUGUGUGAAUCUUAUUGGUUAGAGUGGCUGGCACGACUGCAACAAUAUAGAAAAAAAUUCCCAGAAUGUGUUAUUAGUGAAACUGAUUCAGAAGCCAGAGAAACUAGAAAUGACGUGCAUGAGGGUUGCAAAUUUGAGGCAUCAACUGAUUCUCCCAGGUCAAGAUCUGUGAAUAGCAUUGGUGUGCCUUUGAAAAGCCUCGGUAGAAUAGUCAAAGAUGAGGAUGUUAUUGAUGAUGAGAAAGUUGUUGAUGAAGAGGAAUUCCUGUCCAAGAGACGAUUUUAUGGGUUUUCUGCCUUGCUAGCUAUGAUCAAAUCACCAGAGGCAUUGAAAAGACUGUGUCAGAGUAUUCUUCAACGUGUUUCUUCCAAGGGGAAAAAAUAAGUAAGUUUGGUAUUGUUAGCAUGAAAUGCCUUCCCCAGUUUGUGCAGUUUGAUUGACAGGCUUGCACCUUAGAAUGUUGUCUCUCUCACAAGCCUAUGAGGUACAAUCCCUUCAAUUGAAGAAAAAUUAGAUAGGAAACUAUUUUAGCUUUUACAGACGUUUUUUGCCAUAAGAAUUACACUCUUUACUAUGUGCAAUAGCCAAGAGAGUAGACCCAUGUGCCACCAGCUGUGACUGUGUGGGUGAUAGUGAUGUCAGUAUUCUGCUGAAAAAUGUAGAUAAUUGCAUGCAAAAUGCAAAUAAAAGAAAGCAUGUUUUCAAAUUC